AUGAGUUUGCCACUGCUGACAAAACUAGCCACUGGUCUUCUUUUAUGGGUGUCCUUGAAUACGGUCUCGUUUGCUGUCGAACCAUGCGGCAGGUGUGACGAAUCGGCAUGCGACACAUCUCCGAAAUUGUGCCCCUCCGGAAUGGUCCGCGAUCGCUGCGAUUGCUGUCAGGUGUGUGGUUUGAACGACGGAGAGGAGUGCGACGUAGACGUCGUAAAUGACCAACGUGGAUACUUCGCUCGGAAACGAUACUCACCGGUGCACGGCCGUUGUGGAAAUCAUCUAAAGUGCAUCGUCCAGGAACCCAACGAGGAGGUGAAGCGCGUUACCGACAGCGCAAAAUGCGUUUGUGACGAUUUGAAAAAGUCGGUUCAAGCUCGCGGAGGCCCAGAGAACUACGAAAUCUCUGCCUGGGUGCAAAUUGAGAAAAUGUCUCCUGAGGACGUUGGAACGUAUACGUGUAUCGCCAAGAACAAAUUAGGCAAAUCUACUGCCAGCUGUACGGUUGUUAUUCAGUCAGGUACACAAUCCGCAUUCUUAUGACU